GAUGAUGACAAUGGAUGAGAAUGCCAGAAUCACCAAAGCAUAUGAGCGGCAUGGUGAUGGGGCGGUCAUGUGGGAAGACAAUAUGAAUGGCGUUGUGGUUUAUUUCAGUGAUGUGAAAAGCCUUGUACGACAGAGCUCCAUGCGUGGGAAUGUUGUUGAUGCGUACGUGGAGUUGUUGAAGACCGACCAGUUGAGGAUGUAUGGUGACAAUGAGUUGGUGGACAAGUCAUAUUUUUUCAGUAGUGUGUGCCUGGACGUGGUGAAAAGUAAUGACGUGCGUUCAAUAGGAAAUUAUAUCCGGAAGAAUGUGUCUGCAGGGAGCGAGUUUCGUUUCAUGCAUUUUCCAAUGUGUCAUCUUGGGCACUGGACGCUUGUAGUGUACGACACUGAAGAUGGUAGUUGGAAGCAUUAUAACCCGAUGAGGCAACGUGGGGAUAGGACUGAUGUGCACCACACCGAAGCUGUUCUGCUGAAAGAACGUGUGUCAGAUGUUAUGAAGCAAUCGUUACGUCAGUUCGGACUGGAUGAGCAGAGCAUUGAGGCAAAUUUCAGGCAUCCAUUAGAGGCUGUAACUAAGUGUCCACAGCAAAAACCAGACACGCUUGAUUGUGGGGUGAUAGUGUGUGGGAUAAUGCGACAGUAUGUGUAUCGUGGCGACGUGGAGCGAACAUUGCAAGGUAGUAACUGCAGUGUGUUGCGAGCGAACAUGGUUAAGUAUUUCAUCAACGAUCCGACACGGGGGCUGAAGGAUUAGAUGUGUUUGGUCUG